CAGUACACUGGUGCUACUAUGGGCGGCGGUUGCGGGGCGACCGGUACGCGAGUGCCCACAGCGGCAUCGCCGGCUAACACCGCGAGCUCCUCUUCCUCGAACACGGGCUCCGCCGGGGGCACCCGCUCCACUAGUCUGAGCACCGCGCCGCCACCACCGGCGUCGUCAGCGUCCACCACCGGCGCUGUCGGGGAGCAACUCAGCCGCACCAACCUCUACAUUCGAGGCCUUAACCAAAACACCACUGAUAAGGACCUCGUCCAAAUGUGCCAGAUGUAUGGCAACAUUAUUUCAACAAAAGCAAUAUUGGAUAAAAAUACGAAUAAAUGUAAAGGUUACGGUUUUGUAGAUUUUGAGACGAUCGCGUCAGCGGAGGCUGCUGUUAAAGGAUUACAAGCCAAAGGUGUUCAGGCCCAGAUGGCUAAAGUGGGUAUCUGGUUCCUGCGUAGACUGAACCGUCAACAAGAGCAGGAUCCGACCAACCUGUAUAUGGCAAACCUGCCACCGCACUUCAAGGAGAACGAUGUGGACCAACUGUUGGCCAAAUUCGGCCAAGUGGUUUCUACGAGGAUCCUCCGCGACACCCAUGGACAUAGCAAGGGUGUUGGUUUUGCGCGGAUGGAAUCGAGAGAGAAGUGCGAGCAAAUUAUUCAGAUGUUUAACGGGAACCCCAUUCCCGGUGCCAAGGAGCCUCUUUUAGUGAAAUUCGCUGAUGGCGGCAACAAGAAGAAAGCUCUGUAUAACAAGCAAAACGACAACAACGGCAGAGCGUGGAGGGAUAAUACCGAGUCAAUCACGCAGGCAAUGAGCGUGAGCGGCGUGUACGCCAGCGGCGUUGGCGGUGCCGCGGGCGGCGCGGACUGCGCGGGCGUGUACCGCGGCGGUGCGGGCGUAUACGGUGUGGCGGCCUUCCACCACCACCCGCUACAGCACCACCACCACCACGCGGCGCACCCGGCCGCCUGGCUGCCCGCGUACGCUGCGCUCAUACCGCCCGCGCACCCUGCGCACGCCGCCCAUCCGGCGCACACCGCGCACCCUGCGCACAUACCCAUCGACUCGGUUCCUAGCCAAUACGUAAACUGGGACAGCAUAAGGCCGGAUAGCGAAUUAUACUACUUCACAUCGCACCCGUACCAGUACUUCACGGGCCCGACCCCGCCGAUCAUCCAGAUGCCCAUGGAGAGCGAGCACGCGUCCACCGCCGCGUCGCCCGACGAGGCCUACCAAACGUAUCCGCCUCCCAAGUAGACCAUAAGCCACGUCGUUAGUUAUGCUGAAACGAGCCAAAAAUCAAAGCAACUGUGACUUUUUACAAUGUUAAUUUGUUUUAGUUUUAAUUUGCGACCGUUACACAGACUUCAUCGAAAGCUACCGUACUUAGUCAAGCCUAUCUACUUUGUAUACGCCUCACUGUUUGUUUAAGGGGACCGCCCAUCCUCUCGGCUUUAGCUGGACGUUCGUAACGCUGUUUGAUGAGGUCUUUUGACGGUUGGAGGAGAGGAUUUGAUGUAUAGAUAUAGCUGCAAUUUUAAAUGUGUUUUUACAUUAUAAUUUUAUUAUUGUUUCAUGAUUUUUUUUAAAUUUAAGAUUUUAGGCGCAGUUUUGAAAAUGUUAACAAGAUUAUUUAAGAUAGUUAGGUAUUUAUUUUAGCUUAGUAUAAUUUCAUUCUUGAAAUUUUCAAAUUUUUUUACUUGUCCCCGAGGACAAGAAACAUUUACAUAUUUUUUUUAUUCAGUGUCAUAUUUUAAAAUUAUAAGGAAACUGAAAAUUUUAAAAUCGGAUUAUGGAAAAUUAUAACAUCUAAAUAGAAUAAAAGCGUGCAAUGUUAACAUUCAGAAGUGUUUAUAAGUAUAUAUAUAUUGAAGUGGCUAUUGUUUAAUAAUUAUUUUAUAAUGAAACCGAAAAAGUUUUAUUUUUCCUGUUUAAAAUUUGUCAGGAGGUAAAGGAAAGCAAUAUCUGAAGGGGAAGGAUAGAAAUAUAAGUGGAAAAGGUCAUAUCAUGUGGAAUCAAAGUUAUAUGCUAACAAAUUUGUAAAGAGUAACGACUUAUGCGUGUAACGGUUAGAAAGGGUGGGUACACCAAAUAGCUCUUGUAUUGAUUAAUAUUAUGGCGAAGGUUUAGAAUCUUCACUAAAAUUAGGUAUUUUAAAAAUACAUUCAAAAAAAGAGAAGCUCUUAUUGUCAUGUUGUAAUUAAACAGCAAUGCAAAAAAAAUAAUCGAGUAAAAAUAACAAUAAUGUUACUCCGACUACUGGCGUUCGGGGUAGGUAUAAUAUAUUCUCUGGCCGCACUCUGUGGACGGUUGGAAGUUUAUGUUGUAUGUUUGUGAAUGUUUAACAUGUGUUUGGCAUGGUGCUUUAGACAUUUUAUUUCAAAAGUAGUACUAUACCUGUACAGUAUUAUCUAACAUAAUGCAGUCAUAUUCAUACCGGCGCAGUCUUCCAUGGAUCGCAUGCAUCUAAAUUGUCAUUAUCGGCAAUACACAUUAAUAGCGCUGCAAUCGCUCCUUGUGCCUGAACAACUCGGCCGCUUGAGUCGCUAUAUUUCUCUGAUCUAUAGAGCUUCAUACGAUACUACAAUACUUACCUUUCAUGAUCUUAAAAUCACAAUUAGUUGUAUAACGAUUUCUUGUAUAUUUUGUCGCAAUAGUGUUUAAAGUCGAAUAUUUAACUGAGACGUCGUUGCCAAACCCCAGAACAGACUGAAUUUAUGUAUACUGUAACUUCCGAAUAUUUCUCGAACCGCGAUUUGACUCAACCUGCUUCGAAUAGCGUGCGCAUGCGACCUACGCGUCUGCGUUUGUGGCACAGCAUAGUGCUGUAAUACGACAACAUUUAGCAAUAAGCAGUUGUAUGUAAAUUCUAUUUAUACAUUUUACGACUCUAUACAAAUUUUUGUACAUUAAAAACUCAUGUUCGAUAACGUGAAUGUUUAAUGAAAUGAUCCUUUUUUGAGAAUCAUGUACUGAAUCAACUGUAGUUGUUAUUUUGUAGGCGGUCGGCACAUUCCACUAGAGAACUUCAAACAAAAAUUCCACGAUUGAUUUCCACAUUAUGAAAUGGAUGGAUUUGAAAUCCAAAAGUGUAACACCGUUUUGGUGUGGACGCGCACUUUUUGUACCAUCACGUAGGUUUUGGGUACACUUUAUGACUUUAUAUGAAAUUUGAUAUUUUUAUAUUGAAUAUAUAUAAAUUAUACAUGGAUAUGUAUACAUGUAUAUACAUUGUUGAUGGGUACGAGUAAAAGCCUACUAUAUCGCAACUGUUUAAUUCUAUUUUGGCACGUCAAGAGUUUCAUCAGAACCAAAGUAUACAAAUCAUUAAAGUCAAGUAAGAAGUAGGAAAAUAUAUAUACAACUCAGGGACUGAAGAUUAGUUAAAUGUUUGAUAUAAUAACUGUAUUUUAACUGACGAUUAAGCGGUAACCACUUUGUUCAAAACCUGUGAACCGACUUUAUGUAAUAAAUACAGGAACUGAGACUAGCUAACGGCAGGUUUUGAAUGAAUAAAAUAAACGUAGAUUUUGGAUCAAUAAGUAGAACUGUAUUCGUUUCCUUAUAUUAUUUUUAUUGUUAAGAAGGCUGAAGUUGUACUGUUUCGUAACUGAAAAUUACUUUUGGGCUAACAUAGAUGAUUUAGCACGUGAAAAGUCACGUUUACGUUGUGAUUACUGCGAACGACCCGUUCAGGGUAACGUAAACAGUACUUAACUGUCGACAGAGGAAUGCACGCAGCCCGUAGUAUAGUGCCUAGCUGACUGCCUGACUACGAUGAACACGCGACAAUGUUCGAUACUGAAACUCACCUCACAAAGGCUUAUCAAAAAGUGAGAUUUUUUUAUUAGUAUAAAAACGUUUCAUCGACGUACUGAACCAUAAUACUCCGUAGAUCAGUAUUAUACGCGUAUAAUGUCUGAUCAAGCCAAAUUUAUUGAACUGACUAAGAAACCGCCUUUACUUCUUGUGAAAGAGUAUAAAUAACCUUGAAGUGCAAUGUAGUACCGAGCAUCGCCUGGUACUUAGUUAAGUAAUUUGAUCGUCUAGUGUUCGACGUACACUGUGGCUUCCUGUAAAAGCAGUCUUCCGAAUAGAUAUUUCCGCUAAACUUGCAUUUAAAUUUGAUGUUAACAUAAUCGACACAAAUUAUUUAACUACGUAAAUGUAUUUAUGUUUCCCAAUUCCUCAAUGUCGUGUUAUCCGUAUAUAUAAAACCUUACUGUUUCGCCCUAGACUGUGUUAGUUCCAUUCCAAAAUGCAAUCGAUGUUCCCUGGUGUGGCGCGUACCUAAUAAAUUAUAAUGUACCGGUGUUGUGUUAAGUAACUAGUAGUGUAGCGUGGCACGGUCCUGUGUAGAGUCAGAGGCAAAUGUAUUUUAGCACCAAAUUAUUUUUCUAACGCUUUCCUUCCAUUGAAGCAAUAAAAUUAAUUUGAUGGUAGUGCCUUCAGCUUCCUUUAAAGUAAUAAACAGAUGGAUACAAUAUAGCAGUCGCAUGUGCUUUACACAAUAUUUUUACAGGUUAUAGAGAAGAACUUACCGUAUUCAUACAUGUAGUGAUAAUGUAAAAACUAUGUUUAAAAUAUUUUGUAACAACAAUAUAAUGUGGCUGUCUAAUCGUUGCAUUUUUCACACAUGACGAUUUAAAAAAAAGCGAUAUCGAGAGUAAAACUUAGAUGUUCCUAGUAAACUCACAUAACAUUCUUGACAUGUGUGAUAAUGAUACUAUGAGAUUACGAACGGGGGAUAAUGUUAUGAAUAGUGAGAACUAUAAUGACAGAAACGAGCACAAAUGAUGAUGCGUAUCGGGGAACCAGUUCUCUUAAACCAAAACUAUAUGAUUCAAAUGAAAUCAUGUCAGUAAAUAUAAAAAUUUGAAGAGUAAAUGUUUUUUAAAAUUAAGUCGUAAAUUGUAAGUGAACGCUCGACUUGUUUUGCAUCAGUGAAUAGUGAAGCUAUAGGGACGAGACGUCGAUAUGAUGGUUAGUUCUAGUUUAGGCUUAACCAUAGAUAGGUUAGAAUAGAAAAAAAAUGUUUCGACGCUAAGUUAGAUAGAAUAGAGCCCUAGAUUAAUAUAUUGAGGCGGCGGCGCGCGUGAGUGCGGGGGGCCGGCUCUAGGGUAGUUUCCUUUGUUAGUUUAUUAAAUAAUUUAAUUUGAAUGGACUGAAGUCGGGCCGCUGCGCUCACGCCACCGCCGCGUAGCAUAAGGAGGUUCUAAGAAUUAGUGACACAUUCUUGAGAUAAGUUUCAGUUGAACAAGUUUGCUUUCACCUCUUUUGUUAUGUAGUUGGUUAAGUGUAAAGAAAGAAAAACUAAUGAAAAAAAUCUGUCGGAAGUGUUGAUACGAAUGUAUUUGUCCAAUGUGUAUUAAUAUAGUGUGGUGUUCUACCCAGCAGACUAGUCUAGAUAGUAGAAUAGUUUAGAUAAAAAUUUAGUUAGGUAGUCUAGAAAUACGAAAUGCAAAAUAAAAACUUCAUAAAAUGUAAAAAAAAAUGAAAUGAAAUUGUUGGUAAGAAAGAGUAUUUUUAAGGGACAUGUUGCUUCGUUGUGUUAUGGUGUGAGGUUUGGCAUAACUAUGAUAAUAGUGUAAAAGCAUUUCUCGCAGAGAAAAGACAUAGAAGAAAGUUAUGUAUCUAUUUUGUUACAAAGUGUUUGCUAUAUUGUGCUAUGAGCAUUUUAUGUGACCCGCAUUAUUUAUAGUUAUGCUGAAUGGAAAACUAAAAUAAUAUAUGAAUAAAUCAAAAUGGUACUAAGAAGCAUGUUUUAUUAUGACAAGUCAUGUUCCUUUGCAUUGAACAUAUUUUGUAAGAGCAAAUGAUUGAAAUAAAACAAGCGAAACCAAAUCUAGUACAUUAUUUCAUUGGUAGAUGAAGCCCGAUUAAAAGAUAGCAGGUAACUUCAGUAAGCGAAUAUAAACUCUAUCGCUUUUCCGUGAACGUCUCGUCAGAUGGCGCUCCUCUAGCACAUUAUACGCAAUGCCCAUUUUAAAGCGAAAAUGCACAUAAAUGUAAACGCACACUCUUCGCCGAUUUAAGUAUUUUUUUUUCUCUAAACAAAACUAAGUGUCAAUGUGACUUACAUAUCUCUUUACCUUUCAGAACAUACCUCUAGUUAUAUAAGUUAUUUACGGAUUGUUACCAUGUAUCUUGUUUUUUGCGAGUUUCCG